GCAAUGCCCGUGGUCCCCAUGACAGCGGACCCCAUCUCACAGACGCAGCCGCUCUUGAACCCCCAGGUGCCGGCGAACCAGGAGAUCUUCGCGAUGUUGCAGAGGGUUCGGGGAGGGUCCAACGAGGUGCACGAACUGCGCAAGGACCAGAGGCAGAUCAUCAUAGGCAGGCACCCGACCUGCGACGUCGUGGUGGGGCACAAGAACGUCUCCAGCCAGCACGUCCUGAUCUAUCGCGACAGCACGUACCGCUACUUCGCCGAGGCCCUGAGCAACAACGGCUGCUUCAUCGGCGACACGCUGAUGAAGAGGGGCAACGUGCGCGGGCUGCUCCACGGCGACCGGCUUUCCCUGUGCGUGCACCCCGACAUCAAG